AUGACACACUCCAACUGCUGCCUCCUCUCCAUACCCCUCCUCACCAUCCCCACCAUCAUCUCCCCUUCCUCCUCCCCCACCGCCCCGAUCCUCCUCUCCUCCUGGUCCACCCUCUACCAUCACGGCGCCCUCACCAUGCCUCCCCUGGCCUUUUUAACCGCCUCUCUCUACGGAUUAUCAGCUUAUAAACUCCGCUCCUCCUCCUCCUCCUCCUCCUUUUCCUCCUCUUCCCCUCGAACUCAGAAGCAGACUCAGACUCAGACUCAACAGCGCAAGAAUGAAAAACGCUCCAAGUUAUUCGCCAUUGCAGCCAUUGCGACGCUCGCCAUCGGCCCCUUGACGCUGCUCGUCAUGUCCCCUACCAACAAGGAAUUGAUGAGGCUCAAUGAGAUACAGAUUGAACCCGGUCCGUUGGUGAGUGAUGUGGAAGAGGUGAGGGAGUUGGUGAGGAGGUGGAAUUGGUUGCAUAUUGUGCGGAGCUUGGGGCCGGUGGUGGGGUGUGUGGUUGGGUGGUUUGGGGUUUUUGGAUAUGGAGACGAGGAGAAGGGUGAGGAGAAGGUUGAAGGUGAGAAGCAGUGAAGACGGCAUGAAAUUUGGUGGUAACGAGGGAUGGAUGCCAUUAGCACUGAUCUUAAAUUUCCACUUGGGUUGUUCGAAAAUAUGAGAAAGGAAUGAAUGGGUGAGAGCCCUGAAAGUAAACGAAACCUCGUCAAGGAGGCAAGCAAGAUAAGA